AUGGCAGUGACGGUCGUCACCGAAAACAUCGCCGCCCAGCUCGAUCUUCUCGUCGAUCUCCAUCGAUCUUUUCGUUAUGCUGCCAUAGAUACAGAAUUCCCUGGAUUCAUCCAGUCGACGCCUCCCUAUGCUUCCGAGGAAGAUCGGUAUGCCGACGUCAAAUACAACGUCGACAAGAUGAAGCUGAUACAGCUCGGAAUCACGUUAUUCGAUGAGAACGGUAGCACUCCAUGGCAGGGCUGCUGCUGGCAGUUCAACUUCUCUGAUUUCGAUCCCUUGGUGCAUCCUUCGUCGCCUAAGUCGCUCGAGCUAUUGCGCCGAAGCGGCCAUGACCUCGAGGGAAACCAGCGAAACGGGAUCAAUGGCGACAAGUGGAGCAAUGUUUUGCGCAACAAGCUCUUUGAUAGACGCUACGACUCCGUUUAUGUCACCUUCCAUGGCCUCUACGAUGUGGCCUACGUGAUCAUGCUGAUCACCGGAGGAGCGCCGCUGCCUCCUACCUUGAGGGAGUUUAUUGUUAGCAUAAAAUCUAUAAUCAUGCUAUUUGUAAUGCGGAAAAACUUUAAUACCAAGAUUGAAAUCAAAUAA